AUAAUAUUUCAUAUGUACAAUUGGAUGCUAUACAAACAUUUGGAUUGUGUUUCUAUUUGUGUGCAGUUUUACAAGAAAGACUUCCAUAAAAAUAUCAAACGGUGGACUCUCAUCUUCGUGUUUUUAUUUGAGGAUUGCUUCGCUCGCUGUCUACGUCAUGCUCUCGUCUCAAACGCAUGGUUCGGGCAGAAGACACACUGUUACCGGCCUGUCUCACUGAAAUCAAAAGUGCACCGCGGCCCCAUGAGAUCCUCAACCUGGUCCAGCUGCCGAAGACGUGGGACUGGAGGAAUGUGAAUGGCGUCAACUACGUCAGUGCUACUCGGAACCAGCACAUCCCCCAGUACUGUGGCUCCUGCUGGGCCCACGGAAGCACCAGUGCCAUGGCAGAUUGCAUCAACAUCAAGCAUAGAGCAGCGUGGCCUUCAGCCUAUUUUUCGGUCCAGCAUGUGCUUGACUGUGCCGACUCGGGGACUUGUCACGGGGGCGACCACGGUGGCGUGUGGGAAUAUGCUCACAAAAAUGGCAUCCCAGAUGAGACCUGCAACAACUAUCAGGCCAUUGAUCAGAAAUGUCAUCCUUUCAAUGCAUGUGGGACAUGCGUAACCUUUGGGCACUUCGACAAUGUGCAGAACUAUACUCUGUGGAGAGUCGGUGACUAUGGACCAUCAAGAGGACGGGAAAACAUGAUGGCGGAAAUCUACACAAGAGGCCCAAUCAGCUGUGCCAUCAUGGCUACAGAGAAACUGGACCUCUACACCGGCGGGUUGUACAUGGAAUACAUAAAGUAUCCUGAGAUCAACCACAUUGUGUCUGUGGCUGGCUGGGGGGUGGAAAAUGGCACGGAAUAUUGGAUUGUGCGCAAUUCCUGGGGUGAACCUUUAGUGAGUCGUCACGAGUGUCCCGCUGACGGCUGCCGACGUCUGAGUAACUCAAAUCUUCAUACAGGAUGAGAGGCUGGCUUAAGAUUGUGACCAGUGCCUACAAAGGAGGAAGCGGACCUCUCUACAACCUGGCUGUGGAGGAAGACUGCGUGUAUGGGGAUAUCAUUGUGUCAACAACUUAUUAGAUGUUAUUUUUAGUCUUGUCUUUGCUAACCAAUGGAAAUAAAAUUGUCAAGGGAAGCUUGUGGCCUUUUAUGAUACAAUCAUGGGAGUUGAGUUGAGCAUAUUAAGAAAAACAUGCUGCUACUAAAUACUAGUGUGAUAACAUCCCUGCAUGUUGGCGAUUCACAUCUUCUGGAACUAUCCCGUUGUUCAAAUUUGGCUAUUGCGUUUGUUUCUGUAAUAUCUAAGACGCGGCAAGAAUUAAGCAUCGCUUAAAUUAUGACUGUAAUUGGUGUU